AUGCUUAAGGCGGGGACGCUGCUGGGCGCCUGUGCCCGGUCGUGGAAGUCGGUGCGGAUGGCCAGCUCCAGGGUGGCGCGCCGGGACCUGCUCGCGAAUAAGGUGGCUCUAGUAACGGCCUCCACCGACGGGAUCGGCUUUGCCAUCGCUCGGCGUCUGGCCCAGGAUGGGGCCCACGUGGUGGUCAGCAGCCGGAAGCAGCAGAACGUGGACCGGGCAGUGGCAGCGCUGCAGGGGGAGGGGCUGAGCGUGACCGGCACUGUGUGCCACGUGGGGAAGGCUGAGGACCGGGAGCGGCUGGUGACCACGGCUGUGAAGCUUCAUGGGGGCAUUGACAUCCUGGUCUCCAACGCUGCCGUCAACCCUUUCUUUGGAAACCUAUUGGAUGCCACCGAGGAGGUGUGGGACAAGAGACCUAGAAACCAAAGUGCCAAAUGCUCUUCAAUUCUGGACAUUAAUGUGAAGUCCGCAGUCCUGUUGACAAAGGCAGUGGUGCCAGAGAUGGAGAAACGAGGAGGCGGCUCAGUGGUGAUUGUGGCCUCCAUAGCAGCCUACACUCCGUUUCCUGGCCUGGGUCCUUACAAUGUUAGUAAAACAGCCUUGCUGGGCCUCAGCAAGAACCUGGCCAUAGAGCUGGCCCAAAGGAACAUUAGGGUGAACUGCCUGGCGCCCGGAAUCAUCAAGACUAACUUCAGCGGAGUGUUUUGGAUGGACGAGGCAAGAGAGGAGAGCAUAAAAGAAGCCCUACGGAUAAGAAGGAUAGGCAAGCCAGAAGAAUGUGCAGGCAUUGUGUCUUUCCUGUGCUCUGAAGAUGCCAGCUACAUCACUGGGGAAACAGUGACAGUGGCUGGAGGGGCCCCAUCCCACCUCUGAGCACCUGGAGAGAGCCUACCAGGGCAGAGACUGGGCUCCAACUCCUACUCCAGUUCCAGCACUCAUCCACUGGCCUUUCCCACCUCUGCCUAUCAUACCUUUACCCCGCCCCCCAAAAAUCAGUUCUGCCCUGUGACAAGACCCAGCCUUCCCUGUUGUCCUUUGGUCUUAUGAGGAUUCCCACUGUUGCUGUAGCCUUAAGAUAAAGAUUUCCCCUGAGGACACAGAGAAGGCCUGCUGAGAAAGAAGGCUGAGUCUACCUUGGCAAAGACUAACAUAUAUAUGUUUUAUUUUUUUCUGGGCAUCUGGGCAAUUUGAAGGAGGUGAGAGAAAAGGAACCUGGAGUUGAAGGAGGGGCUGGGAAAGUUGAAGAUUAAUUUGCAAAUGGGGUGCAAAUAAAAUGCAGAUGAUCGUGUUGCUUUGA